UAUUUAUCAUUUAAUUUAUAAAUUAUAUUGUAGGUAGCAAUUUGUUCAAUCUUUACUGCGAAUUUGUUACCGCAUUGUAGUAGUCAUGGGCGACGCAGGUGAAGACAAACGGUACGAUUUUCUGAGUGAAUAUAUCCUGCAAACUUUGAAACUGAAAAACGACAAAUGGCUAAAAUGCAUAUCUGUCGAAGACAACAAAAUACUCAUGCAAGAGUUUUUUGACAAAAGUGAUAUUGGAGUUUUAGUUGUGAGUACCUCAUCCGCAGGUUUGCUAUCUCCAUCGUACGAAUUUCCAACGUCAAGCAAAACGAAAGCUGUAUAUUUCAUCAAACGAGCGAAAGAAAAUAUUACACCCGAUAACAUCAAAAAUCAACUGCUUUAUGGCGAUCUUUCAUAUGCACCCUUGGAUCAACUAUCGUCACUCGUGGAUGAGGUGAUUGUUCCAUUGUUGUCCAAUGACAGAAAUCAUGAAACAUGGCCUCAUGUGGUUUCAGGUGAUGUACUUCGACAUGUUCACAAAUUGAAGAGCAGCGUGUUUGUUGUAUCAGGACAAGUGAAGGGUAAAACUCUUCUUCCUCUUCCUCCUGGCACGGAAAAAAUUCCGGAACAAGAGGCACCACCUGUUGAAGAAGAUGUCAAGGAAGAUUUGAUUGAUCGACAAAUACUGCAUGCGUUGGAAUCAGUUGUCAUUGAGUGGAGCCAUCAAAUUCGAGAUGUUCUUAUGCGAGACUCAUCCGAACUCCUCCUGCAAGGAACAAAUCCAUUACCAACUACAGAAAUAUCUUUCUGGAAAGACAGAUUCGAAAAUCUGCAAUGCAUAUAUGAUCAGCUGAACACACACAAAGUCAAAACAAUGGCAAAAGUAUUAGAUCGAGUUCAGAGCAGUUACGCUCCUGCUUUCAGAGAAAUGUUUAGAGAUGUUGUUGCAGGUCUCAAUGAAGCCAGAGAUAUUCACGCACACUUGAAACCACUCAAGUGGAUUUUUGAGGAUCUUGAAGAGAGAGAUUUUGGAGAAAGUAGCAUCUAUAUUAAGCCAUUGUUUGACACUGUUUGCAAAGUCUGGGCUCACAGCAAACAUUAUUGCACACCAACCAGACUUAUUGUUCUUUUACAAGAAGUGUGCAACCUUAUGAUCAACCAGUGUCGUGUGUAUCUUAAUCCAGAAGAAUUGUUCAAAUCGGAAGUUGAAGAAGCACUGGAUAAAAUCAAGAAUGCUGUCAAGGUGUUGGUAACAUUCAGGUCUGCAUACCAAAUACAUAAAGACAAACUUCCAACUUAUUUCGAGCAAUCGGGAAAUGAACCAGUUCUUUGGGAUUUUGAUAACAGUCUUGUGUUUGCAAGAAUGGAUACCUUCAUUGACAGAGUCCAUGCCAUUGAGAGUUUGUUAGCUGAUGCGAAAGACAUGUUGAAACUGGAAAAGAUUGAAUUUGGUGGAAUCAAAGGAAAAGCAUUCAGCGAUCAAGUUGUCAACAUAUUUGAAGAGUUCAAUGCAUUGUUUAAAAAUAUUUCUGAAAUGAAAUAUGAUCCACUGGAUCCUACAGACAAUACGUUCAAGACAGACCUACAGAAUUUUAAGAAGCGGAUUGAUGACAUGGAUCGACGUCUUGGUGCCAUUGUAUAUCAAGCUUUUGAUGAUUGUCCUGGAACUGAAACAGCUUUUAAGCUUCUCCAUAUGUUUGGAUCUUUGUUACAAAGACCACUUAUCAAGCAAGACGUGUGGUCCAAAUAUCCAAUACUUCUGGGAAUGUUUCACAAGGAAUUGGAUGACGCCAAGAUCAUUUAUGAUAAACAGAUGGAGCAUCAUAAAAAAUAUGGUUACUACUCACUCAACAAAAAUAUGCCACAUGUUGCCGGUGCUAUAAGAUGGGCUCAAGAAUUGAAACUCAGAAUUCAGCUUCCUUACAAUAAUUUCAAACUUGUUCAGCAUCCAGUCAUGGAUUCAGGUGAAGGCAAAGAAAUGGAAAUGAAGUAUUCACAAAUGAUGCAACUGCUGAAGAAAUAUGAAGAGAGCAUAUAUGAUGACUGGUCCAAACAAGUAGAUCAAAAAUCUGAGUUUAAUCUCAACCAACCUCUCAUCAGUAGAAAUGAAGAAACAAAACUUAUUACAAUCAAUUUUGAUCCACAGCUUGUUUCAGUGCUUCGUGAGGUUAAAUAUCUUGAACUGAGAGAUUCUGAAGAAAUUCCAGAUGUGGCAUCAAAAAUAUUUGCACAAAAAGAAUCUUUCAGGCAAUAUGUUGCAAACUUGGAUCUCACUGAGCAGUGGUAUAACAAGGUUAAAACUACCAUUCUUGAUGUUGAAUAUCCUUUGAUUGAAGGACAAUUGGAAGGAAUUGAUAAACAAAUUGCCAAAGCUGAGACAGAUCUGUCAUGGAAACAAGAUGGAAUUUGGGAAUAUAUUCAAGAGACAAGAGAUCAAGUCAGUGAUUUGGAAAAAAGAGUUCAACAAGCAAAAGACAAUGUUGACAAAAUCAAGAAAAUAAUGGAAGGAUGGGUUGUACCAAUAUUUGAAAGAAAGAAGGAAAAAGAUGCUUUGUUGAAUCUGGAUGAUCGGACUGAUCGUUUAAACAAAUGGUAUGCUUUCAUCAAAAAGAGUGGAGAAGAGAUUCAUGAAUUAGUUACUACCAACAUGAAUCUGUUCAAAGCAUCUGCUGAUUCUGAAACUUGGAAAGCAUAUGUAUUGUACAUUGAUGACAUGGUUGUGGAAGGUUUCUUUGUUGCCAUCGAGUGUUCUCUCAAGUUUUUCCUUCAUCAAACAAAUAUGAAAUUGCAUCUCACUCCUGUUUUCCAAGCUCAUCUCGAAUUGAAUGCUCCAGAUAUGGUUUUCAAACCAUCACUCGAUUUCAACAAUGCACAAGAUGGAUUUUACGAUCUUGUUGAAGGUUUGCUCAAUGAUGUUUAUACCAUGUCAUCACUUGUACCAAGGCUUGCAAAGGAACAAACUGGAAUGGAACAUUAUCAGGCUGACAUGGAUGACAUGGCUGAUUUAUCUGACAUGAGAAAUGAGAUGAUGGAAAGAUGUCAGAUGGUGAUGGAUAAAGCUUGUGAAUACAGAAAUGGUUUUGACAACUAUGCAUACUUAUGGGUUGAUGAUCGUAAUGAGUUCAUGAAACAAUUUUUAACAUAUGGCCAUGUGUUGACAACCGAAGAAAUUGAAGCUCAUGCUGAGGAAGGUGUUCCUGAAAAUCCACCAACACUUGACAUGUUUAAAGAACAGGUUGACCAAUACGAGAAAAUCUAUUGCGAAGUUGAAGAAGUCAACCCGGUUGCUGUUUUUGAUUCUUGGUUUAGAGUUGAUGCAAAGCCAUUCAAGCAGGCUUUAUUGAACAUCAUUAAAAGAUGGAGUUUCAUGUUCAAGCAACAUCUCAUUGAUCAUGUCACAAACAGUUUGUCAGAUCUUGAGAAUUUCAUCAAAGUUGUUGAUUCUGGAAUGCAGGAAGAAGUUAAAGAAGGAGAUUAUGAUGCUCUUGUUUCUGUUAUUGAACAACUCAAGGAUGUCAAAACUCGACAAAGUACAACAGAUGAGAUGUUUGAACCAUUGAAACAAACGAUUGAACUUCUGAAAACUUAUGAUCAAGAACUUCCAGAAGAAACGCAUAAACAACUUGAGGAAUUACCAGAGAAAUGGAACAACACAAAGAAAACUGCAGCUACUGUCAAACAAGCCGUAGCACCAUUGCAAUCAGACGAAGUUGCUGUCUUGAGACGGAAAUGCAGCUCAUUUGAUGUGAAACAACACGAAUUCCGUGAACGUUUCCGAAAAGAUGCUCCAUUCAGAUACAAUGCAGCCAAUCCUUAUUCUCUAUUGGACAAAUGUCAUCUCGAAAUCUUGGAAAUGGAAGACGUCAUGGAGAGGUUACAUGAAUCAGCAGCAAUAUUUGAAAUCAAUGCUCCAGAAUUCAAACAGAUGAAACAAUGUAGAAAAGAGGUUAUUCUGCUGAAAGCAUUGUGGGACAUGAUUACUCUGGUUAGCACAAGCAUAGAAGAUUGGAAGAAAACAAAAUGGCAACAAAUUGAUGUUGAACAGAUGGAAAUUGAUUGCAGAAAGUUUGCCAAAGAUAUUCGAUCACUUGACAAAGAGAUGAGAGCAUGGGAUGCGUUUGGUGGUUUGGACUCUGGUGUAAAGAACAUGCUGACAUCAUUAAGAUCUGUUGGUGAAUUACAGAAUCCAGCUAUUCGGGACAGACAUUGGCAACAGCUUAUGCAAGCAACACAGGUGAAAUUCGCAAUGAAUGAAAAUACAACACUUGCUGAUUUAUUACAACUCAACCUUCAUAACUUUGAAGAUGAAGUCAGAGGUAUUGUUGACAAAGCUGUCAAAGAAAUGGGAAUGGAAAAGAUUCUGAAAGAGUUGGAUGUGAUAUGGGGAGCAAUGAAAUUUGAUUAUGAAAAACAUACUCGCACUGGAAAAUCACUUCUUAAGUCUGAUGAAGAAUUGAUUGAAACACUUGAAGAAAACCAGGUUCAACUACAAAAUCUGAUGACAUCAAAAUACAUCGCAUAUUUUCUGGAACAAGUGUCUGGCUGGCAAAAGAAACUUUCCACUGCUGAUUCUGUGAUUAACAUCUGGUUUGAAGUGCAAAGAACAUGGUCAUACCUAGAAGCCAUUUUUAUCGGAUCUGAAGACAUUCGUUCACAACUUCCUGAAGAUUCAAAACGGUUUGAAGGAAUUGAUACAGAUUUCAAAGAACUCGCUGCGUUCUUGGAAGUUACUCCAAAUGUUGUAGAAGCAACAAACAGACCCAAUUUAUAUGAAAAUUUGGAAGACAUUCAGAACAGAUUGUCACUUUGUGAAAAAGCUCUUGCAGAAUAUCUUGACACAAAGCGACUUGCUUUCCCAAGAUUCUACUUUGUAUCAUCUGCCGAUUUACUCGAUAUUUUGUCAAAUGGUACCAACCCUGUUGCUGUUUCUCGUCACUUGGCAAAACUAUUCGAUAACACGGCAAGAUUGAAGUUUGAACCAGAUUCUGAAGGAAACCCAACAAAAUUAGCCCUGGGAAUGUACAGUAAAGAGAGCGAAUAUGUGGAUUUCUUUGAAUCUUGUGAAUGUGCUGGUGCUGUAGAGACAUGGUUGAACAGACUUCUAGAUAGCAUGAGAGCAACUGUUCGUCAUCAGAUGACUGAAAGUGUUGUGACAUAUGAAGAAAAACCCCGCGAACAAUGGAUUUUUGAUUAUCCAGCCCAGGUUGCACUGACAGGGACUCAGAUUUGGUGGACAACCGAAGUCAAUAUUUCAUUCUCAAGACUGGAAGAAGGAUAUGAGAAUGCACUAAAAGAUUUUUACAAGAAACAGGUCAACCAACUGAACACAUUGAUUGGAAUGUUAAUUGGAAAGUUAUCACCUGGUGAUCGGCAGAAGAUUAUGACAAUCUGUACAAUUGAUGUACAUGCUCGUGAUGUCGUUGGAAAGCUGAUUGCACAGAAGGUUGAUUCUUCUCAAGCAUUUGCUUGGUUAUCUCAACUUCGUCAUAGAUGGGAUGAAAAGCUGAAUCAUUGUUUUGGAAACAUUUGUGAUGCACAACUUCGAUAUUGUUAUGAAUAUUUGGGCAACACACCUAGACUUGUCAUCACACCCUUGACAGACAGAUGCUACAUCACUCUUACUCAAUCUCUUCAUCUCACAAUGAGUGGAGCACCAGCUGGACCUGCAGGAACAGGAAAGACAGAAACUACAAAGGAUUUGGGUCGUGCUCUUGGUGUGAUGGUAUAUGUGUUCAAUUGUUCUGAACAGAUGGACUACAAGUCUGUUGGCAAUAUUUUCAAGGGUUUGGCACAAACUGGUGCCUGGGGUUGUUUUGAUGAAUUCAACAGAAUUGCAGUUGAAGUGUUAUCUGUUGUAGCUGUCCAGGUGAAAACUAUUCAAGAUGCAAUCAAAGAGAACAAAAGUAUGUUUGACUUCCUCGGUGAAUAUAUUCAAAUUGUUCAUUCUGUUGGACUCUUCAUCACCAUGAAUCCAGGUUAUGCAGGAAGGACUGAACUUCCUGAAAAUUUGAAAGCACUGUUCAGACCUUGUGCUAUGGUGGUUCCAGAUUUUGCCAUGAUUUGUGAGAUUAUGUUAGUCGCUGAAGGUUUCCUUGAAGCUCGACUUCUUGCCAGAAAAUUCAUCACUCUCUAUUCACUCUGCCGAGAACUUUUGUCCAAGCAAGAUCAUUAUGAUUGGGGUCUUCGUGCCAUCAAAUCUGUACUUGUGGUAGCAGGUACACUCAAAAGAGGUGACCCAGGACGUCCAGAAGAUCAGGUGCUCAUGAGAGCGUUGCGUGAUUUCAACAUUCCAAAGAUUGUGACAGAUGAUAUGCCUGUAUUCAUGGGUCUGAUCGGUGACUUAUUCCCAGCUCUUGAAGUCCCAAGGAAAAGGGAUCCUGAAUUCGAGAAACAGAUCAAGGAAUCAGUCCUUCAGUUACAUCUACAAGCAGAAGACAAUUUCAUUUUGAAAGUUGUACAACUAGAAGAAUUGCUUGCUGUCAGACAUUCUGUAUUCGUCAUUGGAAAUGCUGGAACUGGAAAAACUCAGAUUCUCAAAUCACUCAACAAAACAUAUCAAAUUCAAAAAAGAAAACCAAUAUGGGUUGAUCUGAAUCCAAAAGCCGUCACCAAUGAUGAAUUAUUUGGCGUCGUCAAUCCAUCAACUCGUGAAUGGAAAGACGGUCUAUUCUCUACUAUUAUGCGUGAUUUAUCCAACAUUUCCCAUGAUGGACCUAAAUGGAUUGUACUCGAUGGUGACAUUGAUCCUAUGUGGAUUGAGUCACUUAACACGGUCAUGGAUGACAACAAGGUUCUGACACUUGCCAGUAAUGAACGUAUUCCACUGACACCAAGCAUGCGGUUGUUGUUUGAGAUCAAUCAUCUGAAAACUGCAAACCCAUCAACAGUAUCCAGAGCUGGUAUCUUGUUCGUCAAUCCCGCUGACUUGGGUUGGAAUCCACCAGUAUCAAGUUGGAUUGAUGGACGUGAGGUUCAAUCAGAAAGAGCAAACUUGACAAUUUUAUUUGACAAAUACGUUCCACCAAUAUUGGACGCAUUACGUUUCAGAUUCAAGACUAUCAUUCCAAUUCCUGAGCAGAGCAUGCUUCAGAUGUUAUGCUAUCUGCUCGAAGUUCUUCUGACACCAGAAAACACUCCUCCUGAUUGUCCCAAGGAUUUGUAUGAAUUGUAUUUUGUGUUUGCAUGCAUCUGGGCAUUUGGUGGUGCGAUGUUUCAAGAUCAGUUGGUUGAUCAUCGUGUUGAAUUCAGCAAGUGGUGGACAACAGAAUUCAAAACAAUUAAAUUUCCAAGUCAUGGUACAGUCUUUGAGUAUUAUAUUGAACCGAACUCCAAAAAAUUUACUCCAUGGUCAGAAAUGGUGCCAAAAUUUGAGCUCGACCCUGAAAUGCCUUUACAGGCUGUCAUGGUUCACAAUCCUGAUACAAUUCGUGUCAAAUACUUCAUGGAUCUUCUGAUGGCUGAGAUGAGACCUGUCAUGUUGGUUGGAAAUGCAGGAACAGGAAAAUCUGUUCUUGUCAACAACAAGUUGAGCAACCUUGAUGAAGAAGAAUAUGUUGUUGCAAAUGUGCCUUUCAAUUAUUACACAACUUCUCAGAUGUUACAAACUGUUCUGGAGAAACCUCUUGAAAAGAAGGCAGGUAGAAACUAUGGUCCACCUGGAUCAAAGAGACUUGUCUACUUUAUUGAUGACAUCAACAUGCCAGAAGUCGAUUUGUAUGGAACUGUACAACCACACACUCUCAUUCGACAACAUAUGGACUAUCACCAUUGGUACGAUAGACAAAAACUAACAUUGAAAGAAAUCCGCAAUGUACAAUACAUAACUUGCAUGAAUCCAACUGCAGGUUCAUUCACCAUCAGUUCAAGAUUGCAGCGUCACUUCUGUGUCUUUGCCCUCAGUUUUCCAAGUAAAGAAUCUCUCAAGACAAUUUACAACAGUAUUUUGUCUCAACAUCUUAAGAUCAAUAAGUUUUCAAUGAAUGUACAGAAAGCAGCCUCUAAUCUAGUUGACAUGGCACUUGCUCUCCAUCAAAAAAUCAGCCAGAGUUUCUUGCCCACUGCCAUCAAGUUUCACUAUGUUUUCAAUCUUCGUGAUUUGUCCAACAUCUUCCAGGGAAUUCUGUUUGCAAUGCCAGAUGCAGUGAAAAAUGUGAAUGAUCUUGUGGCUUUGUGUCUUCAUGAAGCAUGUCGUGUGUAUCGUGAUAAACUCAUAGAUGACAAAGAUAUGGCAAAUUACGAUGCAAUUUAUGUGGAGAUGGCCAAAAAAUUUUUCGAGGACUGCCCUGAAACAUCGAUUCAACCAAAUCCCCACAUAUUUGCUCAUUUUGCAACUGGAAUUGGAGAACCAAAAUAUAAUUCUGUGCCAACAUGGGAACAUUUGAACAACAUUCUCACAGAAGCUUUGGAUAAUUACAAUGAACUGAAUGCAGUGAUGAAUCUAGUGUUGUUUGAAGAUGCCAUGUCACACAUAUGUCGUAUCAACCGGAUUUUUGAGAGUCCUCGAGGAAAUGCUCUCCUUGUUGGUGUCGGUGGUUCUGGUAAACAAAGUUUAUCAAGACUUGCAGCCUUCAUCAGUGGAUUAGAUGUAUUCCAGAUUACAUUGAGGAAAGGAUAUGGAAUCCCUGAUUUGAAGAUUGACCUUGGAGCAUUAUAUGUGAAAGCUGGAGUGAAAAAUCUUGGCGUGUUAUUCUUGCUCACUGAUGCACAGGUGGCAGAUGAACGUUUCCUUGUACUUGUUAACGAUCUGUUAUCUACUGGUGAAAUUUCUGAUCUCUUCCCUGAUGAUGAAAUCGAAAAUAUAAUUAGUGGUGUACGGAAUGAAGUAAAGGGAGCGGGCCUGGUAGACACCCGUGAAACUUGCUGGAAAUUUUUCAUUGAAAGAGUUCGCAGAAAUUUGAAGGUUGCUCUUUGUUUCUCUCCUGUUGGCAGCACUUUGAGAGUUCGUGCACGUAAGUUCCCGGGCGUUGUCAACUGUACUGCGAUUGAUUGGUUCCAUGAAUGGCCACAAGAUGCGUUGGAAUCUGUCAGCUCAAGGUUUAUUGGUGAAAUUGAUGGAAUUGAGGAGAAUGUGAGGGUGUCACUGUGCAAAUUCAUGUCAUAUGUUCAUAUCAGUGUCAAUGAAUUGAGCAAAGACUAUUUGCUGAAUGACAGACGAUAUAAUUACACAACGCCAAAAAGUUUCUUGGAACAAAUCAAACUUUAUGAGACUUUGUUGGGAAAGAAAAACAAAGAAUUGCAAAUGGCUGUUGAACGUCUGGAAAACGGUUUGGAAAAACUCAGAAGUACAGCAUCACAGGUCGAUGAUUUGAAGAACAAGCUUGCAGCACAGGAAGUUGAACUGAAACAGAAAAAUGAAGAUGCUGAUAAACUUAUUCAGGUUGUUGGUGUUGAAACUGAGAAAGUCAGCAAAGAAAAAGCAAUUGCAGAUGUUGAAGAAGAAAAAGUUACUAUCAUUGAAAUUGAAGUCACCAAGAAACAAAGAGAUUGUGAAACUGAUUUAGCCAAAGCUGAACCUGCAUUACUUGCUGCACAAGAGGCUUUGAACACAUUGAACAAGAGCAACUUGACAGAGUUGAAGUCAUUCGGUUCACCUCCAAAUGCUGUGGUCAAUGUUAUUGCAGCUGUUAUGGUGCUUAUGGCUCCUGGAGGCAAAGUUCCCAAAGAUCGCAGCUGGAAAGCUGGCAAAGUUAUGAUGGGUAAAGUUGACGCUUUCCUGGAUGCUCUUAUAAAUUAUGACAAAGAAAAUAUUCAUGAAAGUUGUUUGAAAGCAAUUCAACCAUAUCUUGACAACCCUGAAUUUGAAGCAGAGUUCAUUCGAGGAAAAUCUCUCGCAGCAGCAGGUCUUUGUGCAUGGGCAAUCAACAUUGUUAGAUUCUACGAGAUUUUCUGUGAUGUUGAACCCAAGAGAUUGGCUUUGGCAAAAGCAAAUUCUGACUUAGCAGCUGCACAAGAAAAACUUGCUGUGAUCCAGUCAAAAAUUUCGUUGCUGAAUGAGAAUUUAGCGAACCUUACAAGCCAAUUUGAAGAAGCAACUGCUGCAAAACUCAAAUGUCAACAAGAAGCUGAAGCAACACAGUUGACUAUAUCACUUGCCAACAGAUUGGUCGGUGGACUUGCAAGUGAAAAUGUACGUUGGGCUGAUUCAGUCAAAGAUUUCAAGGAACAAGAGACAAAGUUGGUUGGAGAUGUUCUCAUGAUUACAGCCUAUGUUUCGUAUGUUGGAUAUUUCACAAAACCAUAUCGUCUCCAGAUGUUGGAAGAAAAAUGGAUGCCAUUCCUCAAGUCCCUUCCGCAAUCUAUUCCAAUCACGGAUGAUCUUGACUUCAUUAAAAUGUUGAGUGAUGAAGCUGACAUUGCAGGAUGGAAUAAUGAAGGCCUUCCUACUGACAGAAUGUCAACAGAAAAUGCAACAAUUCUGGUAAAUUGUCAGAGAUGGCCAUUGAUGGUGGAUCCACAACUUCAAGGUGUUAAAUGGAUCAAAAAUAAAUAUGGAAGUGAUUUGAAAACACUGCGUAUGGGACAGAGAGGAUACCUUGAUGUGAUUGAAAAUGCUUUGGGUGUGGGAGAUCCAGUAUUGAUUGAAAACAUUGAGGAAUCUGUUGAUCCAGUUCUUGGACCUUUACUUGGACGUGAAACCAUCAAAAAAGGAAGGUAUAUCAAGAUUGGUGACAAGGAAUGUGAAUAUCAUCCCAACUUCAGACUUAUUCUGCACACAAAACUUGCCAAUCCUCAUUAUCAACCUGAGAUGCAGGCACAGUGUACUCUCAUCAAUUUCACUGUAACAAGAGAUGGUCUUGAAGAUCAGUUGUUAGCUGCUGUGGUUGGUAUGGAAAGACCUGAUUUGGAAGCAUUGAAGUUGGAUCUGACCAAGCAGCAGAAUGAUUUUAAGAUUACAUUGAAGAGACUAGAAGAUGACUUGCUUGCUCGUCUGUCAUCUGCUUCUGGAAAUUUCCUCAGUGACACUGCACUAGUUGAGAAUCUUGAGAACACAAAACGCACAGCCGCUGAGAUUGAAGUGAAAGUAAAAGAAGCAAAGAUGACUGAAAUCAAGAUUAAUGAAGCUCGUGAGCAUUAUCGUCCAGCCGCAGCUCGUGCUUCCCUGCUUUACUUCAUCAUGAAUGAUUUGUACAAGACUCAUCCUAUGUACCAGUUCUCACUGAAGUCAUUCAGCAUCGUUUUUGAAAAAGCUGUGAAGAAAGCAGAGCCAGAUGAAAACCUGAAGAACAGAGUGAAAAACUUGAUAGAUUCAAUCACAUAUUCAGUAUUCCUCUAUACAACUCGUGGAUUGUUUGAAAAAGACAAACUGAUUUACACCGCACAAGUUGCAUUCCAGAUCAUGCUCAUGAUGCGUCAAAUCAAUCCAGUUGAGCUCGACUUUUUGCUACGUUUCCCCACACAAUUGAAUGCAACCAGUCCUGUUGAUUUCUUAACCAAUGCUUCAUGGGGAGCAAUCAAGAUAUUGUCCGAAAUGGAAGAAUUCAGAAAUCUAGAUCGAGACAUCGAAGGAUCAACAAAACGUUGGAAGAAACUGGUUGAGAGUGAAGCUCCAGAAAAAGAAAAAUUGCCGCAAGAAUGGAAAAACAAAAAUGCUCUCCAAAAAUUAUGCAUCAUGCGUGCUCUACGUGCUGAUAGAAUGACUUACGCUGUGAGGGACUUUGUUGAAGAGAAACUUGGCACCAGAUAUGUUGAUACAAGAGGAAUUCCAUUUGAAAAAUCGUUUGAAGAAACAGGACCUGAAACCCCAACAUUCUUCAUUCUUUCACCUGGUGUUGACCCACUGAAAGAAGUAGAAGCUCUAGGAAAGAAACUUGGAUUUACUUUUGAUAACAAGAAUUUCCACAACGUUUCGCUUGGCCAAGGUCAAGAAGUUGUUGCUGAAAGAGCACUGAACCUUGCUGGAAAAGAAGGGCAUUGGGUUAUUCUACAGAAUAUUCACUUGGUUGCCAAAUGGUUGAACACUCUGCAAAACAAACUUGAACAACUGAGUGAGGGAAGUCAUCCUGACUUGAGAGUGUACAUGAGUGCUGAACCUGCUUCUACUGCAGCUAGCCAUAACAUUCCUCAGGGCAUUUUGGAAAAUUCAAUCAAGAUCACAAAUGAACCACCAACUGGAAUGCAUUCAAAUUUGCACAAAGCAUUUGACAAUUUUACCCAGGAAACUCUUGAAAUGUGUGCUCGUGAAAUUGAAUUCAAAUCAAUUUUAUUUGCUCUGUGUUACUUCCAUGCUGUCGUAUCCGAAAGAAGAAAAUUCGGACCUCAGGGUUGGAACAGACUUUAUCCAUUCAACACUGGAGAUCUCACGAUAUCUGUCAAUGUACUUUACAACUAUCUUGAAGCAAAUCAAAAGGUACCCUGGGAUGACUUGCGAUAUCUAUUUGGUGAAAUUAUGUACGGAGGUCACAUUACUGAUGAUUGGGACAGAUGCCUAUGCAGAACAUACUUGAAAGAGUACAUGAACCAAGAUAUGUUUGAUAGUGCUAUUUAUUUGGCACCUGGCUUCCCAUUACCUCUCAACUUGGAUUACGUAGGGUACCAUGGAUACAUCGAUGACAUGUUACCACCAGAAAGUCCAUAUUUGUAUGGCCUUCAUCCAAAUGCAGAAAUUGAUUUCUUGACAACUACAUCUGAUAACCUGUUCCGAACUAUUCUUGAAAUGAUGCCGCGUGAUACUGGUGGCGGGGCCAGUGCUGGACCAAGCAGAGAUGAAAAGCUGAAACAAGUCUUGGAUGAAAUUCUUGAAAAACUACCGGAAACAUUCAACAUGGUUGAAUUGAUGGGUAAGGUUGAACCAGCAGAUCGUACUCCAUAUGUUGUUGUUGCCUUCCAAGAAUGUGAAAGGAUGAAUUUCUUGAUUACUGAAAUCAGAUCCACACUGAAAACUCUGGAUCUUGGAUUGAAAGGUGAAUUAACAAUCACAGCUGAUAUGGAGAGCCUCGGUAACUCAUUAUUCUUGGACUCAGUGCCCGAAUCGUGGACAAAGAAAGCAUAUCCAUCACUUUCUGGUCUUUCCAUCUGGUAUGCCGAUCUCUUGCUUCGUAUCAAAGAACUGGAGAAUUGGACGGCUGAUUUCCAACUGCCUGCAGCUUUUUGGUUGGGUGGUUUGUUCAAUCCACAGAGUUUCUUGACCGCUAUUAUGCAGUCGAUGGCUCGCAAGAAUGAGUGGCCUCUCGAUAAGAUGUGUCUGCAAUGUGAUGUCACUAAAAAACAGAAAGAAGAUUUCAGCAGCUCACCUAGAGAAGGUGCUUACAUUCAUGGAAUGUACAUGGAAGGGGCUAGAUGGGACACACAGACUGGUUUGAUUGCUGAUGCUCGUCUGAAAGAACUAACUCCACAGAUGCCGGUUAUAUUCAUCAAGGCUAUUCCAGUAGACAAACAAGAAACCAGAAACAUAUAUGAAUGCCCAGUGUACAAAACCAAAGCGAGAGGCGCAACAUUCGUUUGGACAUUCAACCUUCGUUCGAGGGACAAGCCUGCCAAGUGGACUCUUGGUGGAGUGGCAUUGUUGUUACAAGUUUAAAAUUAUAUUCUAAAUUUUUAGUGUACAUAAUUGCUUUCACUGUUGUAUGCCUGACAUCUGAUAAAUGUAGGGUGCUUACUACGCUCACUGCCCAAUUUGAGAAUCUCUCCAAGUUCCUUGAGAAGUGUUCUACAAAUAAUCACAUAUGCGAAAAAUUAAAAAUACAGAAAAAUUAGCGAUAAACUAGGCAUAGGAUUAGAUUUGAAAAUUUGGACAGUUGGCGUUGAACACCCGUAUUUGAAUUUUCACUUGUGUGACUUUUUUUUCUAUUUAUUAGGGUGGAUAUCAAUAUUCCAGAUAGAUGUAAAUAUUAGAGUGUUCCUUUCUUAUUAGAAAAUAUCUUGUUUUAUUCCAAACCCCAAAUUCAAUUUUUGUUUACCGUAUUUAUGACAUAGAUAAAUGGAUACUAUUUAUAGAACUAUAAUGAUUUUUAGAUUAUAAUACAUUCAGUUUAAAUCUGUAUAAAUUUUAUAUAUAUCAUCCAAAGCAAUAGUACUGACUA